UAAACCAUCAUUUGACAUUCCCCGUAGCGUUGUCCAGGGUCUAUCAGUUCGCAGCUAACAGCCCGUCGGCACGCCCCAUAAUGACCUCCCUCAACUUCAAAGUCGCCCCCGCCGUUCAGGCUACCGAAGCUCCACCAAUACCCAAAGCUCAAGCAUGGGGUUGUCAAUACGUUCCAUCUCCCUCUGCCCCUCUGCUUGAUCUCUCUCAAGGUGUGCCUCGGGCUGCACCCCAUCCCAACGUCCUCGCUGCUCUAUCCAAGGUCGCCUCUGAUCCUCAGGCAGCACGAUACGGCCCUAUCCUUGGAGAGCCUGGCCUGCGUCAGGCUUUGGCAGAAGAGAUCAAAGUUCAAUACCACGUCUCCGGGCAGGGGGUCACAUUUGAAGAUGUUGCGAUUACUACGGGGUGCAAUAUGGCAUUCCUGUCGCUGCUUAUGACGCUCUGUCCUCCUGGAAAGUCGAGCGUCCUUCUUCCGCUCCCAGCGUACUUCAACCAUACAAUGUCGCUCUCACUGCAAGACGUGAAACCUGUGUAUGUGCUCUGUGAGCCGGAUAAUAUGCUCAAAGCUUCGCUUCCCUCGGCCAGGUCAUAUCUUGCCUCUUUGAGGAAGGGAAAUGGGGAUCGAAGAGAACCGCGGAUGAUUGUACUUGUCUCGCCAAGUAACCCCACUGGCACAGUGUAUACAAAUGAAGAGAUCAAGCAAUGGUACGAUCUUGCCAGGGAAUACAAGGUAGCUCUUGUGCUUGAUGAAACUUACAGGGAUUUUGUGGAGGGCGAAAGUGGGCAACGAGGAUUACCGCAUAGACUAUUCGAGGAGCCAGAUUGGCGAUCAACACUGGUAUCAUUGGGAAGCUUUAGUAAGGGGUACAGAAUACCGGGGCACAGAUUGGGGUCGAUCAUUGCUAGCCCAGAACUACUGCAACAUAUCACUACAAUCUGCGACUGUAUGCAAAUCUGUCCGCCUCGCCCACCUCAAAUUGCUCUUACCCCCCUUCUACCAAGCCUUCGCCCCGAUCUUUUCGCCGCGUCUUCGCAACUCUCACAUCGACGCCAUCUGUUUGAAACCACCGUCAAUGCUAUACCGGGUUGGGAAGUCAUUUCUUCAGGAGGAUUUUUCGCCUAUGUCCAGUUCCCCGAAGACUAUAUCUAUGCCUCAAGCAUCUUAGGGCUGAAAAGAAAAAAGUUGGGAAGUGAAGACGUGGCUCGAGUACUCGCCCUCCGAUGUGGCGUUGUUACUCUCCCAGGGAGCUUUUUCAUGCCUCCCUUGGCGGACGACGAGCAGUGGGACGAUAUUUUAAAUGGUGAAACUCUGAGGCAGGAUAAAUGGUUGAGGUUCGCCGUGGCCAACGUAGAGGACGACGUCAUACUUUCUCUGGGGCCAAGGUUGAAACUGAUGAACAAGAUCAUGGGUGUCGAUAAUGAAGGUGUUGCUAGUUAAUAAACUAUAAUAAUAGA